AUGGCCACAGGCCAACAGCGCCGCGCUGAUCGGCUGAACGAGCGUCUACGAGGUGCCCAGCGUGCGAACAUCGAAGAUGACUCCUUCAACCUCGACAUCGCUGGCCUCAACAUAGCUGGCUCGACUCCCGCCGCACCUGCGCCAGCACCACCCACAUCGUCGGAGCGCCGAACACCAAAUACUUCUGCUAAGAGGAGAAGAUUGGAUAACGAACCACCGCCGUCCGCACAAGCGCAAGGAAGUGCACGGAGACGAUCGCCUCGAUUGAGAGACCCCUACGAUUUGCCAGAAACAUCUAAGGAAUCUGGCGCGCAGGAUACAACAGGUGAAUCGCGAGAGGAAGAGCCGAGUCCUGAUGUUGUAGAGGAGCCGGAACCAGAACCCGAGGAGGAGGUCGAACCAGAGCCGCAGCCAGAACCUGAAUUACCAAGUCCAGAAGUCGAAGCACCGGACGAGAACGAAGCUGAAGUUGAGUUGCCGGCGCUACCGAAUAAUGAACCAUCCGAACAAUCAUCGCAACGACGGGCUGGCCGUAGGUCACUGGAACAGAUUGCGCAAGAUAUUGCGAAUAAGCGACAGGACGUACACACGAGCGAAGCCAUAUCGUCAACUACACGAUUACAUACGACGUUACAAGAGGACGAUGCACCGCCUUCCUCAUCACCGCUGGUCAGCAAGGUGCGACGGAGUGAAGGUCCUGCCGUAAUUCGGUCGAGACUAUCACAAAGGCGACCUUCGAGGCUUGCUGAGCAAGAUGACGAUGAGGAUGAACUUUCGCCAAAUCGAGCGGACCAGGCACCUGCGGAUGAUGAACGAUCGGAUGAUGCUACAGAAAUAGCAGAACCUGACGUGGAGGGAGUUGAAGAGGAGCCCGUAGUGGAGGAGGAACCACGGGAGGAUGAGGAAGAGGUAGCGGAAGCCAUCGAUGCAGUUGAAGCGGCCAAGACAAUUGGAAGAAAACGGCCUCGAAGAAGUCUACCAUCUCAAUCACCAGUCGCUGAGCCUGAUGAACAAGAAAUGGAAGAAGAGCAAGAAGAACCAGCAGCGAAACGACGUCGUGGACGGCCAUCAAGAAGUCCCGCGACACAGAAACAACCAGCCACCAAACCAAAGCCUACGAAAUCGAAAUCAGGGACAACGCAAGAGAAGCCACUGCCGAAACAGGUCCGCAGGACGAAACAAGCUGCCAAAGAGCGCCGAGUCAGCGAUGGCUCAGUUAUCGAGGUCACAGUUCAGCGCUUCGUCAACGUCAAGAAGUUCAUCAAGGGCGACGAUGAAGAAGAAGAUCAUCUUGCGGCUGAUCUGCCUUUUACAACAACUGGAGUCACGGCGGUAGAUGUCUUUGCACAGGCCUGCUUAGAAGUCAUCGACGGCACGGUAGCGAAGCUUUUGGAAGCGUUGCAGAACACCGAGGAGAAAGAUAAGAAGAAGGAAUGUCGUAUCAAGAUACGGGCACUUGAGGCGUAUAAGGAGGAGCUCACGUCUCGGUUAUUACAAUUGCGAGAGAAGCUCUCUUUACGAGAAGAGAUAUUACGCCUCAAGGCGGAGAGGGAACAAGUAGCACUCAAGAUGGAUGCUGUACGCAUUAAGCACGAGGAGGACACCAAAGAGUCAAAAUAUCGACUCGACACCUCAGCUAUCAUGCAUGACAUAGACAUGGCAGUCGAACGGGGACGAGACGCCCCUGAACUCUCGCGCGCCCAAGAGAAAAAGGCCGAUCUGGCUAACCUCGAGCUUCUCGUCGCACGAAUCACAGACGAAGCCAGCUCAUCGAGCCCCGCAGGCGGUAUGCUCCAACAAGUCAAAAACUUCAACGCCUUUCUCGAGCGCGCAGCAAUUGCUCUAGAAACAAGAUGA